AUGCAACCAGGACAAGAAAUGACUAAAGACCAUACUGAUGUCGGAAUGGUAUUCGAGAGAAUUGAAACUACUCUUGAGGCGAUCUCCCGAGAGAUAUCUCAAGACAUUGAUAUCGCCAAAUGGAAGGGUCGCUUGUGGGAAACGAAAACGAGGGAUACGAAGUGCGGAUAUCGUGUUCUGGUUAGCGCUUUGAUACUCGAAGGAAGGAUUCAUGUGAUGGCUGGUCUAGCAGAAGUGAAUGAUGAGACGAGAAGAACUUACGUUGAGAACAAUUCUCGCAAAAAAACGAAAACGAGGGAUACGAAAUGCGGAUAUCGUGCUCUGGUUAGCGCUUUAAUACUCGAAGGAAGGUGA